GAUUCUAAGAAGAUUUUAAAAUUUUUUUGUUAGAACAUUUUAAAUAUAUUCAUUUGUAUUUCAAAUAAAAAGAUAAAGAUAUUAAAAUAUAUAAUAAUGAACUUAUGUAAAAUAUGAUAUUUUCUAACAAAGGUCCAAACUAAAAAAAUCAUACAUGAAAAGAAGUCAUGACUUCUGUUUUAAUAUAUUAGAUAUGACGUCAAUGUUACCUAAAAUUCAACCUGCUGAUUCGUCUUGUGGCAUGGCAUUCUCGAGUAAAGCUAACCUAAUCAUUUCUCUUCCAAACUUUUUUUCGAUUUAACCAACGUCAUUUGAUUUUUGAACAUUAAAAUAAUUGUUAAUGAAACACAGAAUCCUACUCCAUCGGUUCCAAAAUAUAAGAUAUUUAGAAUAAUUUUUAUGUUUCAAUAUAAUUUUUUUUAUAUUUUUAAGUAAUUUUAAUUUUAUCAAAUUUAAUAGUUUUAUUUUGUAACUGGUUGAGUAGUUUUAAUUUAUAAUUUUAAUAAUAAGUUUUAGAUAAAUAAAUAUUUUUUUUAAUAAGCGUGUUAUAUCUAAAACAUCUUAUAUUUAGGAACGAAGAGAGUAUAUUUUUGACAACAAGUUAUUAUGUGAAACAUUUGAUAAAUUUUGAUGAACAUCAUAAUGACUUUAAUACGAAUUGUUUUGGUUUGUUUACAUUUGUAAAAUUCAAAUGAAUGGUUUAAAUUUUGGGAUUGAUCAUAUUCAGAAAUUCAAUAAAAAUAAUUAUUUACCUGUCCUGGUUUUUGGCUCUUCUGAUAUGAUAUUGAACAAACAUAUCGUACACCAAAUUUUUUUUUUGUCAUCAUCGUACACCAAACUUUUAAUAGUAUGAUUAAUAAUUAAAAGGCUAAUCGAAAAUUUUAAUACUAACUAUUACAACUUCUAAUUAGUAUGUGAAGUAAAUAGAUAAUUGCAAUAGUUAUUAAUAACUAUUAUAAAUAUUAAUAAUUAGUUAUAAUGCAGUUAUCUAAACUUCGUAAACUUAACAUUUUUUAACAACAAAAGGUUAAUCGAAACCUAUGCAGAUUCCGGACCCAAACCACUUAACAUUAGAUCCUUGAUUUCUAUUUUCUUUCUUAAACUUCACUUUCUAUAUUAUCUCGCAGCAAAAAUCUCUCGGCCAAACUAAAAACCAUAUAAAAAUAUUGUGAAUGUAAUUUGUAAAUAUGCUGGUGGAUUACAAUUAUCGAAAUAACUCUUCUAAAAUAUAAAUAAUUAUGAUUCCGUUUUAAUAACUUCAAAUCAAUAAUAUGAAUGUUCAUUUUUAGUUAUUGAAUUGAUUAUUUAUUUUAAAGUUGGUUAGUUCAGUUUUAUGACAUCACAUGAUCAUUCUUCUCUAUCUGUCACAUGAUCAUUUUCUCUAUCGGUAUAAAUACUACCACAGUCUUCCUUACUAUAAAUCACUUUACAACCGUUGUCAAAAAAAAUCACUUCACACAACACAGAACACUUUUGCUCACAAACUACUUUCAUUCUAACUUUUUCCUUAUUUACAACUCAACCAAUUAAACCAAAAGAAAAAAAAUUAUCAGUUUACCCACAAGAAAUUAAGAAUCAUGUUAAAGAUGGAAACUUUUGGUGGCAUUUCGGUUGCUGCACCUACUUCCUCCGCCGUGGCAAAAACCACCACUCCUGCCAACUCUGCUUCUCCCACAUCUUCACCUCCGCCGCCUCUUUCGCCGGAGCAGCCACAACAACAGACGGUAGUGCUAAGCCCUUGUGCGGCUUGCAAGAUUUUGCGGCGCCGGUGCGCCGAUAAAUGCGUAUUGGCCCCGUAUUUUCCUCCGACGGAUCCAGCGAAGUUCAUAAUCGCCCACCGUGUCUUCGGAGCUAGCAACAUUAUUAAGUUCUUGCAGGAACUUCCGGAAUCUCAAAGAACAGAUACGGUUAAUAGCAUGGUUUAUGAAGCAGGAGCUAGGAUGAGAGAUCCGGUUUACGGCUGUGCGGGAGCGAUUUACCAUUUGCAGAAACAAGUGUGUGAGCUUCAAGCACAACUUGCGAAAACUCAAGUAGAGCUAGUGAGCAUGCAACUCCAAAGAUCAGAUCUACUCGAACUAUUACAUAAAACGGAGCAAGCAAAUUUAUCAGAGCAACAGGAAGGACAACAAAAUAUGUCCUUUGAGAGUUCAUUUGAAAGUGGUGACGAGUUCAUUAGUAGCCACGAUGAAGUGACCAAUGAUUUGGGAUUCCUCGAUGACAACAACAACAAUAAUAAUUCAUCCAUGUUGUGGUCGGAUCCUCUUUGGACAUGAUGUAUUAUUAGCUCACUUUAAUGCGCUUUAGUGGUUACUACCAUAUGCAUACUAUAAACCUAUGCCGACUUUUCUUUCUCUAAAUUUGUCUAAGUCAGCCAAUCAUAUAUAAGCACGUUACUGAGAAUGAGAAAGAUGUCAUAUGCAUACUAUAAAUCCUAUUAUAGUAUGCAUAUGGUAGUAACCACUAAAACUCUCAUAAUCGCAAUGAUAGAGUUUCGGUCUAGCAAAGAAUGAAAGAAGGUGACAUUUUGUGGACUUUUCGUUCAAUUAUAUCAUUAUAUAUUUUUCACAAGAAUGAGAAAGAUGUCAUUGUUAAUCAUCCUCGUGCUUACCGGGAAGCGACUAACGUGCAGUAUAUUCCUCUUCUGACGUGUGUUUUGCUAUGCAUUUUAUGAAUAAUAUACAUACAAAAUUUCAAGUUCUUGAAAACAUACAAUGUGAAAUGCGAAAUUGGCUAAGGAAACGACAAAGACGUGACACGUCCCUAUAGACUACAGAAAGUACAAGACAUUACGCGUUUUGCUCCAUGUGACUACGUGUAUACUGCAUACAUAUUAUUCGAUCUAUUUAUACGACUUCAUGAUGUAUGUGUGGACAAAUAAGUUUCACUAAGGUUACUGAUCGAGUUAACUAACAACCUCGAUGUUAAAAAAAAAAUCUAUUUUCUCAGAAAAAAAAUUUCUAACAACUUAAUGAUGGUGUUUUCAAGGGUAAACAUUAUUUGGACUAUUAACCUUAAUCAUUGUGUUCGAUUGUCUCUCAAAAUUCUUUAUAUUUCAAUCAUUAGGAAUCUGAUUCUCAAAACUCUUUAUAUAGGAUCCGAAUAGUAAUAUGCAGAAAAACUUAAAGAGAAGAACUUUGUUUAACGAAUCAAAACAACUAAGAUCCAAAUACAAGUUAACCGUAAAACAGUCUGAAUGACAACAACAUAAAGAAAUGGUUAAACAAGUUAAUUAUAGACAAGUCUAAACAAAACAACAUAGAACAUAAAUUCAUACAAUGAAGCUCAAGACGGGAUAUAAGUUUCUUAAGUUUUGCAAUCUCAUGAGCCAUUUUAUUCAUAAGCUUUUUUAAUUGGUGAACCUCUUUCUAGACACCGAUAACCCAUGGUUGACGAAAGUGGAUGUCAUCGUUCUGCAAGUGUUAUAUCUCUUUUAAAGAAACAAAACCUAAAAUGAAUCAAAGUUAGUCAGAUUAUCUCGAAGUCUUCGCAUGUGAAAGUGAAGUAUCUACUCCUAUGAAAAUAUCAAAAUCUGUUGGAUACUUUGGUUUUGGAGAAACCUCGUUGAUGUUUUUACAUACUCUUAACUAAGUGUUUGCCCGUAAUAUCAAAAUUACAUAUUCCUAUAUAUGUUUUUAUGUUUACCUUAAGUUCUUAACCAAAUUUAUCCUUAGUUUUAAAGAGAUAAAUCCUACUAUAUAUUAAUUGAGAACCCACUUAGUUGACUUUUGAUUAUGUAUCUUUAAUAGGUUAAGUUUUAAAAAAUGUUUAUGAUUUGAUUGGUUGUUAACAUUUAUUAGUUAUUAUUUUAAUCAGAUCUAAAAAUAAAAGGUAUCGCUAAAACUAAUUACUACAAAUUACCAAAUAACACAAAUAAUAUUACAAAUAAUGAUUUAUGGUAACUAAUUGUAGAAUUAGAGAAAUAAUAUUUAUGUUUUAUCAAUUUCUUUAUUUUUAUCGAUUAGCUUUAUAGAAAUAAAUUUAAUGGUUUUAUAUUAUUACAUAAAAUAAUUAUAUUUGUAGGUAAUGAAUUAUUAUAACUUUUAUGUUUUUAAAACCCACACAAAACCAUUUACAAAAGAUCUUUCAUGACAAAAGUCUCAUAUCAUUUUAUUGGUCAUAUUGGAGUUACACAAAAAAAUACACUUUUUUUUUCUCUCUCUUGAGAGUUAGAGUAUUUUUUAAUUUUUCAUGUGUUAAACUAAAAUAUAAAGUAAUUCUACAACCAAUUAUCUGAAUUAAUUAUAAUACUCUUUUUUGUAAGAGAAAGAUUUUUAAUGACUAAAAUUUAUAUUUUUGAACUAUUUUAAAUCUCACAUAUCUUCUAAAAAUAUAUACUGAAAUUUUUGAUUAUCUAAAUACUGAAAUUAAAAAUUAAAAUUUUAAAUUUCUAAUUAUUAUUCAAAAAUUAUAACAGUGUAAAAAUAAUAUUUAUUUUCUUAUAUAAUAUAACUAUCUGUAAAAUUACGGGUAAACACUUAGUUAAGAGUAUGUAAAAUUACAUUUUUUGUUUAAGAACGAAUAUAAAUCUGAUAAAA